UCUCCGGAAGUGGGUUGGAGCUGCUGAGAGGGCGCCGGCGGGCGACAGGGCGCGACAGGGCGCGGGAGGGCGCCGGCGGGAGGGGGCCCGCCGACCAUGGAGGACGAGCGGAGCUUCUCGGAUAUCUGCGGCGGCCGCCUGGCCCUGCAGCGCCGCUACUACUCCCCGUCCUGCCGGGAGUUCUGCCUCAGCUGCCCCCGGCUCUCGCUGCGCUCGCUCACCGCUGUCACCUGCGCCGUGUGGCUGGCGGCCUACGGACUCUUCACCCUCUGCGAGAACAGCAUGAUCCUCUCUGCUGCCAUCUUCAUCACCCUCUUAGGCCUGCUUGGUUAUCUCCAUUUUGUCAAGAUUGAUCAGGAGACAUUAUUAAUCAUUGAUUCCCUUGGCAUCCAGAUGACUUCAUCCUAUGCCUCAGGCAAAGAAAGCACUACCUUCAUAGAGAUGAGCAAGGUGAAGGAUGUGGUUAUCAAUGAGGCUAUUUACAUGCAGAAGGUGAUUUACUACCUCUGCAUUUUAUUGAAGGAUCCAGUGGAACCACAUGGGAUAUCCCAAGUAGUACCGGUCUUCCAGAGUGCCAAGCCCCGCCUGGACUGCUUGAUUGAAGUGUACAGGAGCUGCCAGGAGAUCCUGGCGCACCAGAAAGCCACACCAGCAAGUCCUUGAGUCCCAGCAUUUCAGAGGCCAGUAUUAUCUUCCAUGGGAGAUGACUCCUAAGCCAUAGUGGCUGGUUUAUUUUCUGUGUUCUAAACCAUCAGGCAGACACAGUCCUAGGAACCAGUAUGGAUGCAGUGGAUCUCAGAGCCAUACAGCAGGUGCCUGGAAACCUAACUCAUUGUGUGAUGUUGAGCAAAGUAUUUAUGUAUAUUUUAGCGAUCUCUUUGUAAGGUUUCGCCUACUUUAUCAAUUGAGGGAAGAUCUUAAGAAACGAUAUGUCAAAAGUAAUGUUGACAAAGAGCACUUUGUGAAAUUC